AUAUUGUAUUUUCGAGUCAUGAAGUCUUAUAGCCAGUCAUUCAAGACAGAGUUGUUUGAAAUGGACCGACUAGAUGUAGACAAAAAACGAGCAAUUGAGCUUGGAAUUCGCUAUGUGGAUAUUCACUGGAAAUCUGUUAUUGAGACUGAAGUCAAAGUCUCAGUAUUAAGUGGUGGAUUCAGUAGUCGUUUGUAUUUAGUGGAGGAUACUUCGACAUCCACAUCAAAUCCGAUACGAAAAUUUUUGGUUCGUCUAUACGGCGGCAAAAUGCUCACCGAAGAUGAUCCACUUAAACCAGAGGGAAGUCAAGUUAAAGAAACUGUGGUAUUUUAUGCCAUUGGUUUAGCGGGAUUGGGACCAAAAUUGUAUGGAUCAUUUGAUGGUGGGCGAGUAGAGCAGUUUAUACCUUCACACAUGUUACGAGAGGCAGAUUACGAACAGAGACCAGAAACCAUGUUGGAGCUUGCUAGAAAACUGGCUCGGUUCCAUGCAUUGGAUAUGCCCAUUUCGCAAGAACGUCAUCAAAUACUCGAUGCAUGUGAGUUCUAUCUUGAAAAGAGGGACUUUGAACAGUUCCGAAGAUUGGCCCAUCACACUGGCUUAAUGGAUGUGAGUACGUUCGAAGACUUCGAUGUUAGAUCGGAAAUUCAGUGGUUGAAGAAAUUGGAAAAGCUGGUCAGCGGACGAAUUGUCACAAUUAGCGGGGAUUUGAACAAAAAUAAUAUUUUGGUACGUGACGAACCAGACAAAUUUGGCGAAAGAGUGAUGAUGAUCGAUUAUGAACUUGCCGCACGAGAUUAUCGUGGUCGUGAUAUUGGUCAAGUUUUCACUACGAAAUUACUGGAGAUGAACGAUGGAGUCUUUAGUGUGGUCUCUAAAUAUCCCGAUGAGACAUGGCGUCGCACAUUUGUUACUGAAUAUUUGAAGCAAACCAAAUCACUGAAUUACUUUGAAUGGGACGAAAAAUUGGAUAGUGUGGAUCAUGUGCUGAUGGAGGGAGAUUUUUUUAUGUUUCACGCUAUCCACAUGAUUACUGGUUUUUUCGUAAAUCAGAAGGACGAUAGUCCUUUCUAUAAAAUGCCACCGGAAAUGGCUCGGACUAUGUUGGAAUUUGGAUCGUUUAUGAUCGAUUUGUAUCACGAGAGAAAAACUAUUUUCAUCGAAAGUUAUGGAAAACUUUUGAAUUUGAGUAGUUAAGUACAGAAGUUAAAUUUGUCUUU